UACAGUACUGCACAACAUACGCCCAUGGUACAGAAGAAGUACUUUUGACAGUGUUGGUGUUUUUCACGUGUUGGUAACUAGUAACAAGUAACUACCGUGUGGCGGUAACGACUGAAGCGGAGAUGGUGAUUUGUGAUGUAAACAUGAGAAAGUCUGUCUCUUCAUGUAUUUAUAGAGAGGAUGAAGAAUUCGAUACUGCAGAUGAUGUGCUGAAGUACGUGUAUGACAAUACAUGCGCAUGGUGCUGUGAUGUCUUUGAUGAAGGUGAACCCACAUUACGGUGUGCUGAGUGUGAUGCACACCUAUGCGCAACAUGUUUCAGUCAAGGUCAACAGCCAGGACAACACCGGAACUAUCAUCGCUACACUGUUAUACCUCCCACCAAAUUAAGUUCUGCAGUAGGCGAUGAGGCCAGCGGAUGGACUAUAUCAGAGGAAUUGACACUGCUCUCAGCACUGGAGAAGUAUGGGUAUGGUGACUGGGAAGCUGUUUCAGAGGCUGUAGCACGUACCCCAGAGGAGUGUCAACGACGGUAUGACUCUCGUUAUGUCUCGUCUGCUGGACCGUUUUCAUGGCUUCAUGAAGUCUCCAACUCAGGAAGUCACAUCUGUCGUCAUACAAUGAAGAGGAACAGUGAUCAGCGGAGUAAGGAGGAUGAUCUAGACAGAGAUUUGUUUGCUUCCUUCAAAACUGAUACUCACCUGCCUUGUUUAGACACUUCUUUAAUGCAGAAAAAGCCUAGCUUUGGAAAACUGUUAGUUGAAAAACAAAAUUCAGAAGAAAACAGUUUACCACUUUCUUAUCAUCCUGUGGUAUCCAAAAACUUGCCAGGGGACAUUACUUUGAAGGGUGAACACAUUAGGCAAAACACACAGCAUCAUCAGCAAUUGGCAGUCAGUUCUCCUCCUCCUCCUUCUCCUCCUCCUCUAAUAAAUGUUGCUGCUUCGUGGAGACAAACGAGCUUUGGACUCAACAGAGGUGGUGAUUUCAAAAAACCUGGCAAUGAAAUGUGUGGGACUGUCAAAUGCCUUAAUGGGCAUGUUGUAAAUAGCACAUUAGGAGAUAGCUCAAGGGAGAAGGCAAGUGAAAUCCAGCAAAUAAUCUUUGAUGCUAGAAAAGUUGUUGGUGGGGACUCUGUACCAGAAUCUCAGAAGCAGUGCUGCAUGGAAAGGAACCAUUCAGUUACCCCAGAGAAAUCUUGUUGUGUUGGAAGAAAGAUGGCUCUGUCUUGUCCUCUGUUGGAGGACGAGUCCUGCACAUUGGAAACAGGACACUGGAAUUGUAACAGAACACUUACACUUCCCAGUGAAAAUACCACAUUUAUUUGUCAUCACUCAGAUGUGUCACAUGUAUUAAAUAACAGUGCAACAAAUGAACAAAUACUGGAAGACCAGCAGCUAUAUAGCGGGGAAACACACUAUCAGUCGUAUAAACAAGAAAAAAAUAUGUCUUCAGAAGAGUUCUUGGAAGCUUGUGGACACCGCUUGGCUGCUGCAGAAAUUUUGCCAGAGUAUUUGUCACAAUACAUGCACACAGUACGUGGUACAGGGAAUAAGCGACUACCCGUUCCUUGUGGCAAAAUACACAAAAAGCCAGGCAAGAAACCACUGCACCGGCUACGACGCCCUCCUCCUAGCUCAAUACCCGGAUACUCAGCUGCACGAUCAGAGUUUGAUAUAGAUUACGACAAUCAUGCAGAAUUAAUGACAGUUUGUGUAGCUCACGUGGAUUGGUCGGACGAUGACCCAGAUGCUGACUUGCAGCGUGCACUAACACUGGCAGCUGUCACUGCAUACAAUAGGCGCCUGUCGAAACGACUUGAUGCUCACAAGUUGAUAAGAGGCCUUGGUUUAGUUUCAUCAUCAGGUGGAUUAACUCUGGGGCCAGGAAGGUUAGCUCCAUUUGCACGGCUGCUAGCACCACUGCCAGCCGCGUAUCACAUGCUGCUGACAUCACUGUCACACAGUGUCGACCUCCGCCGACGUAUAACGUGCCUGUCCCAGUUACGAUCAGAAGCCGGUCUGUGGCGCAUAUCCCAGUGUGCACUCUACCGGCGACUUGCUCGCAACAGAGAGCUUGCCAUUCGAGAAAGACGUGCAGAUAGGCAAAGGAUAAAUCUCACUUCUGGCCCUUCUACAGUCCGUCUGGAUGGAAUACCUGCAGCGCCACGCUCUCGAACUGUUGCAGCUCCACUAGAUGUUUCUGCCCUGCCCGGUGCAAAUCGCCUGUCACAAUCAGAGCGAGAGCUUUGCUCUGUUACCAGAAUCCUUCCUCAGGCAUACCUUAACUUUCGGCGCAUAUUGGAAAAUGAAAGUCGUCGCUGUGGUGGUUCCUUGAAACUAGCCCAAGCAAGGCAGCUUAUAAAGAUAGAUGUCAACAAAACUCGGAAGCUGUACGAUUUCCUUAUUCAGCAGGGCGUGUUUCAGCAAGCAUGAUACGUGGCUGUUUUGAUUUGCAGGGUCAUAAAUGUGUUACUCUGAGACACUUCUGUGUUGUGAGUGGAGAUAGGUUGUGGAAAACUUAGCAACAAAUGACACUUUUUCGCAGUUUGCAGUGACUUGAGAUUAUAUAGUAUUUUUGAGCUGUUUCUGCAAACCACCAAGUAAUUUGCAUUGAGAAGCCAUUAUAAUUACUUUGGGUGUG